UUUUUUUUUAUUAAACUGCAAUUUCAUAUUAACAAAAAAUUACCUGUCACAAAUAUUUAGCCCGAAAUUAAAAGCGUAAUUUAAAGUGAAAUACAAUUACAAUUAAAUUUAAAUGGCAUAAAAAGAAAAUAAUAUAUAAAAGUAAAACAAAAUUAAAAUAAAAUGUCGAUAAAAAUAAAGGAUAUAUCCCGCAAAAAGAAGUCGAAGUCGUGCUGGAACGACAUGGAGGAGCUAAAAUAUCUGAUAUGUGCCAUUGACAAUUACAAAAGUCCAAGCGUUCCACCGCCGCCGUCGUGCAGAAUAAUUUUGCCCCCGAGAAUUGAAGAAAUGCCUUGCAAAAUUCUAUCCCGGAGGCCGCCUUGCGUUCCGCCACCUCGAUGUUGUCCAAUAAUACCUGGACCUUGUUGCCCCCGGCUUUUGCCACCCCCUUGCCUUCCGGCAAGGUUACCGCCACCGUAGUGUAAUCCUUACCACCCUUGUAGUCCACUACCGUGUUGUUUGAAUGACUAAAAGGAUCAAGAAGCUUAAAAAAGGGAAAAAACGUACAGAAUUAACACAUUCAUUGCCACGUCUCUUGUGUACGAGUGGCAUUCAAUUUCAUGAAAAAUCUAGAGAGCUAAACACGUGUUUUCUCUAUCGUAAUUUAUUUUCUUUUGCUGUAAAACAUUAUUUCAGAUUAAAAUAUUAGUAGAGUCUGUAAUAUUUGUUAACGUAGAAAAGAAGUAAAUUACGAAAGAAAAUAAUAUAUUCGACUUCCUGGAAAUUGCAUGAAUAUUUUAUGAAAUUGUACGUCAUUCGUGAAAGUGGCAAUCAGUGUGUUAAUGCAUCGUGUAUUUAUUUUAGCUUAUGGCGCUAUUUGUGUCAUGUUGGGAUAAGCAACACGAUAAGAUCAAAGAGAAAACGCCCAUUCAUGACAGAAAUAAAGGAAAGAAAUUUAUUACAAA